AAUAUAUUUUGGUUUACAUCUUGAAUACAGCAAUACCAACUUGGAUAAAGAACGGCCUUCAUCCUUCUCUGUGUGAUCUUGUUACAACUGCUGGCUUCAAUACAUAUUUGUGCCAAGGAUCACUAGGACCACUACUUGAUACCUGUUUUGGCACUUUAUGCAAGAUGGAUGUCAUACCACUAUCACAACUUCGUUUGGGAAUACAAUAUUGUCUAAUACGCGUUAUGAUAUCAAGAGUAUGGGAAUUCCGAGGGAAAAGUGACGAUGAACCAGUAAAACACCUAGAUCUGGUCAUUAUUGAUGAAAAGAAAACAUCAAUGUAUGUUGAAAUCCUAGCAGACGUCAUUGAAAUAUUGAAAACCAACCUGGUAGAAGGAAGAGUAGUCACAAUAAAGAAAUUUAUUGUGCACCAUGCAAGAACAUUGUUCAAAGUAGUACAACAUCCAUACAUGAUAAAGCUGAACAGAAGAACAGAAAUUACUCCAGUUGAUCCACAGCCUCAAAAUUUCCCACGACAUGUUUACAGCUUAAUAAACUUCUCAGAUUUGGAUCAUUACCUCAACAUGACAGCUCAAUUCCUAGAUGUUAUUGGUCAGGUUGUUGCCGUGUCAAAUGUUGCAGCAAUAAAAUCAUUUGGUAAGAUGCAAACCAAAAGGAUAGUCAAGCUAAAAGAUCUAAGUGGACACAUAAUUGAACUUUCACUUUGGGGCUCAAGAGCAACAGAAUUCCAAGGAGACCAAAUAUACGAGGUUGGACAAAAGGAUGCUGUGAUUGUACUUUUUGUAGGAACAUUGUGGAAAAGCCACAGGGGUGAAACUCCUUUUCUAAGUGGAACUUCAGCCUGUCAUUGGUACAUUAAUGAUGAAAGUAUUCCUGAGAUUAGAAAUUUUUAUGCAAGCUUGCCCAAUGAAGUUGACCCAAUAGAAAUGUUACAAUUAGCUAACAGUAACAACAACCAAGAUGAAGUGAGGCAAAAAACAUUGCUGGAGCUAAAAGAUGCUGAUCCUUUCGAAGAGAAGACAAAUCGGUUCGAGUGCACAGUUACUAUCACAAGACUUACUCCAAAUCAAAAGUGGUUCUAUCCAGCUUGUCAGAAAUGCCAUUCUCGAACUAAUUUGAGUGGACCUACAUAUACUUGCACCAAUAAAGAAUGCUCCUGCACCGAAAUGGAGUACCGGUACAAAUUAAGUUUGAUGGGCAGUGACGAUACCUUUGAACUUGAGUUCAUUCUCUUUGAGCAAAGCUCCAAGUUUUUAGCUCAGAUGCAACUUGCAGAUGAUAAAAUGGAUAUUGAAACAAUGGGAGAUCAAACUGGAUCCGGUGUUGCAGGCUCUAAAAGACCAUAUGAUUCUACUACAGAAGAUUCAGAGGAUGAUGAUGCUGCACUUGGUACUUACGGCAAAAGGACCAAGAAACAAUAAUCCCAAGCUAUUCCCUGCCGGUAACAAGACCAUUAGACUCAUUUUACUUAUCCCAUUCAUAUAUUUUCUUGAGUGUUACCAAAGAAUGUUCAAAUUUUAGUUAAUAUGAUCCAGGCUUACAUUCCAUCAAUUACUACAGCAGUCAUCUCACAAUGAUCAAUACAUAGUUAAAAACCGCUGUUGGAAUCUUUGCUUAUUUCAUAUAGAAUUUCAAAUUUGCCAUAAAAUUUAUAUUACA